AUGAUUCCUUCAGGUCAGCUGCUGUUGGAGGAGAAUACAUUGCUCAUAAUGCAGAAAAUAAUCAAUUGUGAAAUCCUUGAAUUGAGCUCACUGGAGUGGAGGGCUGAAAGAAAUGAUGUGUCGGAUAAUGGGUGGAAUACAAACGAAGACGAAGACGAGUUACUGGCAGCUACAUACAAUUGUGAAAUUUUGGAUGCCUCAUUGUAUUAUAUGAUAGAAGAUAAAUGUCCACAGGACAGGCAAAAAAAGAAGGUUGUCAAAUCAAAAACCAAUUAUAGAGAAACAAAUCAGAAGCAAGUAUUUGCCAUGCACAAGGUGGAAUUCUUGACUCAUACUCAGCAACCUAAUUGUGGAAAAUGUGUCAUUUUUCCCAAUACAGUCCUUGAGGAACCGUUAGCUAUACAGCAAGGGGAAAAUUCAGUUGGACAUAUACAUGCUGCAUCUGUCAGGUGGAAGGGUACAAAGCCAUAUCAAAAUCCCACAACUGCUCAGCAUUGUGAGGAGGAAAUGACAAUAGAGGAAGAUAUGUGUACCAAACUCCAGGCUGCUAUAGGAGCCUAUGGAAUUGUAAACGAGGGGGAAGCUGCAAAUAAAGACAUCUAUUCUAUUAUCCACAUACCACAGUUGGAUGGUAUCAUGGAUGUGAUGGCAUCAGCCAAAAUCCUGAAUUAG